AUGAUCUUGGCCAGAUCCGAUGAAUUAUUUGCGGAUAAUCGGAAGAGAAAGCCGAUUUAUAAUGCGAGAAGAAAAGCCAAAUGGAAGGAGCUGGUGGAGAAUCUAAAUCAACAACUCGGGAUGGACUAUUCAGUGGAAAGAGUUAAGAACAAUUACCAUUACAGGGUGACGUCACUCAAGAGAAAUAUGAAUCGACAAAUGACGUAAGGGAAUGACAAUAAUUUUUUAUUAUUUGGAAUACAUUUACUAUAGGUUUACUAGUAAUUUCAGUACUCUAAAAGAGGAUGUGUCGCUGAAUGAGAGUCCCGCAUAUCAACAACUCAGUGAGAUUGAUCGUAUGUUAUAUGAGGCCGUUAAGGCCGCCAACCAAGACGAAUUCCAGCCUCCAAUUAAACGGAAAAAGUGUAAGUGUAAUAUCAAUCUUUUCGGAUUAAUUACGGAUUAUUUUUAGCGCAAGAAAAGAGCGAAGACCCUGAGGAGAAAACGGAAGGCUCUUUCGACCACAGUUUUAUCGACCGGUUGUUUGAGAAUGGGAAAGAGGAGAGAAGUCUGUCCCCAGAAUCCAACGAUGACACAAAUCUGAAGAAGAUUAUGGGGCAGAUGAUCAAAAAUCAGGCCGAAUCAUUUCAGGUAAAACUUGACUUUUUAAGUGCUAAAUUUUCUAGGGCACGCAGUUUUUCCGUGCCUUUUUUUGUUUUUUUCCGUGCCCGUUUCUCUUCAUGGGAUUUGGUGCGCGACUGCUACUCAUAAGAGGCAAUGUUUCGCCUCGUCCUUCUUUUCGACCAGGCGAAACAUUUCGCUGCUACUUUUGACUGAUACGAACGGAUGACUGGCUUAUUAGAUAGACCAAAAUCAAAGAAAAUCUAUUAAUCUCGAGACGUUUCCUUGCUACGAUCACAUCAAUGAUUUUAGGCGUUGCGCAACUUCAUGACCGAGCAAACCCUCCAACAGGCCAAGAUAAUCGAAAUGAUGGCAGCCACAGUAGAGCUGGUCCGUGAGAGCACCUCUCAUCUGGAAAGGGCCUCCAAUCUCUGUCCAACUUGUACUGGAAACCUCUUGGAAAAGGUGUUUCAACCUUAUGGCCAGAAGGACGGAAAAGAGCCAAAUGAAUUGAGGAUAGAAGAAUAA